AUGACGACGUACGCGCUGUUGGUUGGUGACGUCAUUGCACAUAUUGUAGGCAGAAAGCAUACCGCUUCGGCUUCUAUAUUUUCCUAUUGGCAAGAGAAAUCCGCUUCUGACGCAGUCGCAAAACUCGUUGCGCAAUUGGGCCUCCCCAAUCGAUUGUCGCAAGUGGGCGUUACGAGCGACGAGCAGAUCAGAAAGAUUGCUGAGAUGACGUUGACAGAUGUUCUGGCCAAGUAUACGGGGUUGCCCGAGUUUGAUUCGAUUGUGGAGAUUCUUGAUUCUGUGCGGUAG